UAUACCGGUAUCAAAUAAUAGACAAUACCAGAGUAUGUAUUUUCAGCAACUCCAACUAGGAAGAGCACACUGGCUGGAAUAUCAGAAGCAAAAAGAGGAAGUACAAGUAUGGGAAGAGCACCAGCUUACAGAAUAUAAAACAUUACUAAAAGAACAGGAACUAGAGAUACAAGCUAUUAAACAACAAUUAAGGAAUGAGCAAGAUCAUAGCCGUCAAUUAACAAUAAAAGUAGAAAAAAAGGAGACAGAACAUUAUUUAGAAUUACAAGAAAAAGAUCAGAAAUAUCACCAUCAAUUGCAAGAAAAUAAGGCAGAAAAAGAACUAGAAAUACAAAGAAUCUGCUUUCAGUUACAGGAGAGGCUGGAGAGUGAGAAGGCAGCAAAAGAUCUAGAAAUACAAAAUUACCAUUAUCGGCUACAAGAAAAGGAGCAAGAGAUGCAAGAAUAUUACCAUCAUUUUGAUCAGUUAAAAGGAAAGGAGGCUGAAAUCCAAAGAUGUCAUUUUCAGUUGGAGGAGCAAGAGAGGGAGAAAGCCAAAACAGACCAAGAAAUACAGAAUUAUCAUUACCAGUUGCAGGAGAAAGAAAAAAUGGAGUCACUUAAAAACCAAGAAAUACAAAGUUACCUUCAACAAAUGCAAGAAAAGGAGAAGGAAAUACAAAUUUACUGUAAUCAACUACAAGAGUACUGUCGUCAGUUGUCGAAGAAAGAUCAAGAAAUACAAAAAUACCAAUAUCAAUUACAAGAGAAGGAGAAAACUGAUGCAUUUUUAAAGCAAGAAAUACAAAAAUGCCAUCAACAAUUGCAAGAAAAAGAACAAGAAAACUUAAAGAAGGAGAAAGAAAAACAAAUAUACUAUCAAAAAAUACAAGAAAGUGAGAGAGAGAAGACAGAGACAAAGCAAAGGCAUUCUCUACAAAUGUCAGAAAAAGAAACAGAAAUUCAAAGAUGCCAUCAACAUUUAAGAAAAGAGGAAGUAGAGAAGGAGCAAUAUCAUAAUAAGUUAAAAGAAAAUGAAAAGAAAUAUAUUCAACAGUUACAACAGAAAGACAUGGAGCUUUCAAAGAAGCAAAAGUAUCUUUAUCUUCGAUUGGGAGAGAAUGAUACAAUGAAGCAAAAAAUGCAAAAUUAUGAUCACGAGUUACAAAAGUUAAAGAAGGAGCUAGAAGAUAAAGAAAAAGAGACACAAAGGCUUAGUCAGCUGUUACUGAAGGAGCAAAGAGAAAAAGAUAAAAAAAUCCAGCAACUAUUGCAGCAAAUACAACAGUAUAAGCAUCAGUUACAAGAAAAUGAUAGUACAAUUCAAGUUCAAAAGGAAAAGGCUGAAGAAAAAGUUCAGGGGAUCAAAUUGCUUCAUUCCUCACAAAUGAUGUUUGAUGAGCAUAAGGAGCAAGUACCCAUGAUGCCAUCAAAACAGAAGGAGCAACUU